AUGACAGGUCGUUCCGCGCUGGAAUUUGGCAAAUUGUGUGAGAUCAUUGGGGUUCUGUUUAAUAUGACCAUUGGCGAAAGUGGGACGCAGUAUUUGAAUACCCGGAGGUUUACAGAACUUCACCAAGUUCUACUGCCUAUAAACCAGAAAGUGUUCCUGCAGGACUAUCUUCGCUCAUUAAAACGAGAUGAUCUCGGUACCCUCAAGAAUUGUACUGAUACUCGUGGUAGAACACCGCUCAUGUGGGCAGUCGAGUUUGGCUGGUCUGCUGCAACGCAGAUCCUAUUAGACUAUGGUGCCGAUCCCCAUCAAGCCACUGCCACUAAGCGAGGAAGCUCUACAUUACUGCACCUUGCAAUUGCUGGUCCAAGGUCUCAGUUCUCGAGGGCGGGUUUCUUAGAGGUCAUUGACCAUUUGCUUCAAAUUCACCCUGCUUUGGACUGGAGCGUUCUUACCGAUGAUAACAUGUCUGUGGAUGCUUUGUCUCCAGUCGAGCAAUUCUCCGAUGUUGCACUAGUUAGGAUUUACCAGAGCUAG